AAAACAAGGGUCUCAGGCGCUAGAAUUCAUAUGAAAAACCAUGGAACUCUUGUACCCUACUUUGUUUUCUUCCUAACACCUACUCUUACAUAAAUCUCAACAAGCCUAAACAAUGCAUACUCAUUCAUUCAUUCAUUCAUUCAUUCGUUUGUUCAUCAAGUCAUUCAAAUCUUUUCUCAACUUCCUCUAUCCGCAACCCAACCCUCCUAGCUCUUCAAUUUUUUACUUUAGCACUUGUUAAGUUUGUUCAAUCAUCUCUCAGUAGGAACCCUGCAAAAUGGCAAAGAAUGUGGGUCAGUGUUCAAUGGAGAGAAGCAGCAGUAGCAGCAGCCUGCAGGCUGCACUUGACCAGAAGCUUGCCCUUGCUAAGCGUUGUUCCCAUGAAGGCGUGGUAGCAGGAGCUAGGGCAGCUGUUCUUGCCACCAUUGCUUCGGCCAUUCCAACUAUGGCAAGUGCAAGGUGGGUGCCGUGGGCAAGAGCCAAUCUGAAUCCAGCUGCUCAAGCUCUCAUCAUCUCCUCAGCGGCAGGAGCAGCAUAUUUCAUAGUGGCAGACAAGACAGUUUUGGCAACGGCGCGGCGGAACUCCUUCAACCAACAGGCUUCCUCUUCCUCCACCUCUCCCAAGUACUUUAACUGAAGCAAGAAGCGAUGCAUGGCUUUGAGUGAUCAGUGAACAUGGCUCUGAACUCUUGCGGAGUGCUUCCAUGGGUGUGUGGAGCAAAUAGGAAUGUAAAUCCAUCUUCCAUAGUCAUAAAUAAAGAUGGAUUCUCACUACAGAGAGUACUCUAAUUACAGGCUGGAUUUUUGUACAAAUCAGCCUGGUUUCGUUGCAAUCUGUGUAUUUGUUCUGUGUAUUCAUGAUCAUCAGCUUAGAUGACAUUGUCUUCUAUGGAUGCAAUUUACCAUCUUCAACUCUGUUUAAAA